AUGUUUGAUAUAUGGACUAAUAUAAGGCAUCGAUCUUUCAUUAAUCUUGUGGCACAUUCACCUAGCAGUGCAGUGUUUAUAAAAUCAUUGGAUAUUUCUCGAGAAAGAAAAACUGGGAUUUAUCUGAAAGAAAUUGUUGUUUCUGUUAUUGAAUCAAUUGGACAAGAUCAUGUUGUGCAAUUCAUAACUUAUAAUGGUAGCAAUUUCACAUCUGCUGGUGACAUACUCAUUGGAUUGUAUCCUCGAAUGUAUAAGACGAGGUGUGCUGCUCAUGGAAUUCAGCUUCUUUUGAAAGACAUAUAUGAAGAAGUUAAUUUGGUAAAAGUUGCCACAGAUGAAGCAAGAAUAAUAGUUAUGUUCAUGACACGAUACACAGUUCUUCAUGCAGCAAUGAAAGAGUUCACCAAAGAUAGACAAUUGAGACAAUCUUGUGCCACAAGAUUUGCUUCAAAUUUUUUAAUGCUUCAAUCUGUGUUGGAUUUGGAGAAUGAGCUUCGACUCUUUGUUGCUUCAUCUGAAUGGAGGAGUUUUGAUUAUUGUAAGACUGAAUCAGGUAAAAGGGUCACUGAAAUUGUUCAAAGUGAAUUUUGGGCUAGAGGAAGGGAGGUUAUAAAAACUAUUGAGUCAUUGGUUCGAGUUCUUCGUUUGGUUGAUGGUGAUGGAUCUACUGCUGGUUACUUAUAUGAAGCAAUGAUGAUGGCAAAAGUUGCAAUCAAAGAAAGAUGUAAUAGUGAGGCAAGCAAGUAUGAGAGAAUUUGGGAAUUGUUUAAGAAUUGUCGGGUCAACAACAUCAUUCAUCUUAUACAUGCUGCAGCUGCCUUUCUCAAUCCAUCUUACUUUUUCUCGAAAAAUUUUAGAGAGAAUAGGGAGAUGAAAGAUGGCAUCAAUUUCAUUCAUGAAAACCUGCUUCUAAUAGAAGAAAAACAUCAAUUUAUGAGAGAGGUUCAGUUGUAUCGUAGUAGGCCAGCUACCUUAUUUACUGCAAUAGCAAAAACGAUGUUACAAACAAGUCAUCCUCAUAAGUGUUUUAAAAAAUUUCAAUAUCUUUUUUGUACAUUGCUUCUCUCUUUAUAUUCAAGAAAGCUUUUUAUGUCAUUUGCAAGAAUAUGGUGGGAUUACAAUGGGGACGAUCUUCCUGUGCUCAAGAAGUAUGUCAUUCGAAUUCUGAGUCAACCUUGUAGCGCUUCAUCAUGUGAGAGAAAUUGGAGUGCCUUUGAAGCUGCUCAAACAAAAAAAAAGGAAUAG